AUGCUGAGAUUUGGAGAAUUAUCAGCAAUAAAUGACAAUGGAUGCUUCAUGCAUUUCGACUCGGAGAAGAAAGAAUCGGUUGAAUUGUGUCCACUUCAAUGUCAACGAUUUAAUGAAGCAACUAUUUUGAAGUCUUCUGACUCUCUCAUCUGCUCUCCUGGUGUCGCUGUAGGCGUUGAACGACGUCAAAGUGAUUGGUUUAUGUGGAGAAGUGGAGCAUGUAAAUCCAGUGACGUCAUCUUCCAAAUUGAGUGUUCCACAAGCCAAAUGAAAGAAGAAGAACAAUUGGUGGAAGUGGUUGAAGAAGUUCAACAAAUGGAGGAGGAACUUCCAACAUUAAAGUUAGAAACUGAUAACGGAAUUGGAGAGGAUAUGGACAGAAUGACUUCUUCCAUCGAAGACAUCACCUCUGGAACUGAGAAAACCGAAGAAUCCACUACUAUCCGUGCCGAAUCAUCCCUACCUGAAACUGGUGAACAGGAAGAUGAUCUUCCAGAAAAAGUAGAUACACUACUAGGAUUCCUGUUUCCAUCCUACCGUAAGAAGGCUCUCAGUCAAUAA